AUGUCCGACGACAAGAAGAACGAAGACUACACGAUCGAGCUCGGCGAGCAAAAGGGCAAUGGCGCCUUUGAUGCCGCUCCCUCCCCGAGGAUGCCUGCAGCUGCUCCCCAAGCCGCUCAACUGAACAGCCCUGUUGUUGCCAUUCUGGCCUACUGUGGUAGUUCGAUUCUCAUGACAACGACCAACAAAUACGUCCUCAGUGGUCUCGACUUCAACCUCAACUUUUUCCUCCUCGCCGUCCAGAGUGUCGUGUGUACCGUAGCCAUCCAGUCAUGCAAGUCCGCAGGCAUCAUCACCUACAGAGACUUCAACACUGCCGAAGCAAAGAAAUGGUUCCCCAUCUCGCUCCUCCUCAUCGGCAUGAUCUACACCUCGACCAAGGCCCUGCAAUACCUCUCCAUCCCCGUCUACACCAUUUUCAAGAACUUGACCAUCAUCCUCAUCGCCUACGGUGAGGUCCUGUGGUUCGGCGGCAGCGUCACCGGAACCGCCCUCUUCUCCUUUGGCCUCAUGGUUCUCUCGUCUCUCAUUGCUGCAUGGGCAGACAUCCAGCACGCCCUUACCAGCCACUCGGGCUCGGCCGCCAACGACAAGAUCUCCACUUUGAACUCUGGCUACAUCUGGAUGGCCCUGAACUGCUUCUGCAGCGCCAGUUACGUCCUCGGCAUGCGCAAGCGCAUCAAGUUGACAAACUUCAAGGACUUUGACACCAUGUACUACAACAACCUCCUCUCCAUCCCCAUCCUCCUCAUCUGCUCCCUCUUCCUCGAGAACUGGUCCAGCGCAAACCUCGCCCUCAACUUCCCCGCCCCUCAGCGCAACUCCAUCAUCCUCGCUAUGGUCUUCUCCGGCUUGUCCUCCGUCUUCAUCUCCUACACCUCCGCCUGGUGCGUCCGCGUCACCUCUUCAACCACUUACUCCAUGGUCGGUGCCCUCAACAAGCUGCCCAUUGCCGUUUCCGGACUCGUCUUCUUCGAUGCUCCCGUUACUUUUGCCUCGGUCAGUGCCAUUGGUGUCGGUUUCAUUUCUGGUAUCGUCUAUGCUCUGGCAAAGGUUUGGCAGGGCAAGGCUGCCAAGAAUGUGCUUCCCACCAGUGUCACUAGUGCUAGCAGCCAGAGCAUGAAGGACAGCUUCAAGUCAUAA